AUGACGUCCAAGGACGCCGAGCUCGACGUAGGCCCGGUGACGCCCCCUCUCAGCAAUGAUCCUGAGAAGGGCUCUGGCAAUGACAACGAGAUCCCCGAUGACUUCCGUGAGAAGGAUUUCAUGACCCGAAAUGGUCUCAACCUGCAGUCUUUCCAGCGUCGUGACUAUGGCACUGGUGGUGUCGAGCUCGAUCGCUCCAUGAAGAAGCGCCAUCUUCACAUGAUUGCCAUCGGUGGUUCCAUCGGUGCUGGUUUCUUCGUCGGUUCUGGUAGUGCCAUGACCAAGGGUGGCCCUGCCUCUGUCUUCAUCUGCUUCACUAUCGCUGGUGUCAUGAUCUUUAACGUCGUGCACGCCCUUGGUGAACUCGCUGUCAUGUAUCCCGUCUCUGGUGGUUUCUACACAUACUCUACUCGCUUCAUCGAUCCUUCCUGGGGUUUUGCUAUGGGCUGGAAUUACGUCUUCCAAUGGGUCAUUGUCUUACCGCUUGAGUUAACCGUCGUCUCAUUCACGGUUCAAUACUGGAAUAAAGACAUAAACGAAGCCGUAUGGAUUAGUGUAUUCUGGGUCGUCAUCAUCAUCAUCAACAUUUUUGGAACGCUAGGCUACGCCGAAGAGGAGUUCUGGAGCUCUUGCUUUAAACUGGCUGCCAUCGUCAUCUUCAUGAUCGUCGCCGUCGUCCUGAUCUGCGGCGGCGGCCCAUCCGACGGCAAGUUUGACACGUAUCAGGGUGCCAAGCUAUGGUAUGAUCCAGGCGCAUUCCAGAACGGCUUCCGUGGCUUCUGCGGUGUCUUUGUCACUGCUGCCUUCUCGUUCGCUGGUACUGAGCUGGUUGGUCUUGCUGCCGCCGAGUCAAAUAACCCGGCCAAGGCCCUUCCCGGCGCUAUCAAGCAGGUCUUCUGGCGUAUCACUCUCUUCUACAUCGUCGGUCUUACUCUUGUUGGUAUGCUGGUUAGCUCCACCGAUGACCGUCUCCUCAACAGCAGCAACCCCUACAAGGAUGGUACCUCGCCCUUCGUGCUCGCUGUCAAGGACGCUGGCCUCAAGGGUUACGACUCCUUCAUGAACCUCGUCAUCUGCGUUUCAGUCGUCUCUAUCGGUGUUUCGUGUGUCUACGGAGGCUCUCGUACCCUGACCGCUCUUGCUGAGCAGGGCUACGCGCCCAAGAUCUUUACCUAUAUUGAUAGGUCUGGUCGCCCUCUCAUGUCGGUAUUGUUCAACCUCAUCUGGGGUGGCCUUGCCUACGUCGUUCUGGCAUCCUCGGGCUCUGUCGUCUUUGACUGGCUCCUGGCCGUCUCUGCUCUUGCUGCCUUGUUCACCUGGGGAUCUAUCUGCUUCGCUCACAUUCGCUUCCGUACUGCUUGGGCUCGCCAGGGCCGUUCGCUUGAUCAGAUCCCCUUCCAGGCUUGCGGUGGAGUCUACGGAUCGUAUAUGGGACUCUUCCUCUGCUUCAUCAUUCUUGCUGCCCAGAUCUUUGUUGCCAUCGCACCCCCUGGACAGACUGGCACUGGUACUGCCGAGGACUUUUUCAAGGCCUGCCUUGCCAUCCCCGUCGUCCUUGCCUUCUGGGUUGCUGGAUUCAUCUGGAAGCGAACCGGCUGGCUCACCAUCGACAAGAUUGACCUCGACACCGGUCUUCGUGAGCAUGACUGGGAUAGCAUCAACGCCUACCGUGCCAAGGUUGCCUCGUGGCCUGCCUGGCGCCGCUUCCUGCACAAGUUUAUGUAA